UGUGGUUUGGAUGAUGAUAGGACGCCGAUCCAUUCGGGGACUGAGGGUUUGGAGUUUCAACCAAAGGUCACAACUAAGAUGACAUUUUCUCUUGAUCAACUCAAACAAAUUAAGGACAAUCUUAAUGUGACGAUAAAUGAUGUAAUUGUGGGUAUUAUUUACUUGGGAACUCGGAUGUACAUGAAAGUGGCUGCAGAAAACAAUAAUGAUGAGUUGGGGAAUAAUAAUACAAAGACUACUGGGCUGGUGCUACUCAAUACUAGAGCUAUAGGCGGUUACAAGUCAGUGAGUGAAAUGCUAAAAAAAAAUGCUGAGAUGCCAUGGGGUAACCGUUUUGCAUUCUUACAUGUCCCAGUGCCACAAUUAUCAGAUGAUGAAUCCUCAAACCCGCUCGAUUAUAUUCUCAAAACACAUAAGAUGAUCAAGAGAAAACGAAACUCAUCCACUGUUUAUUUCACUGGUUUGCUGUUAGACACUAUGAGAAAAUUCAGAGGCUUCGAGGCAACAUCCAGGUACAUCAAAGGCACAUUGGAGAAGUCGAGCAUCGCGAUCACAAAUAUGAUUGGACCCAUUGAAAAAUUUUCUAUGGCUAAUCAUCCUGUCAGCGACUUCUACUACAUAGUCGGUGGCUGUCCACUGAGUCUAGUGGUGACAAUGGUGAGCUAUAUGGGAAAGUUGAAUGUUGUCUUUGCAACAGAGAAAGGCCUCAUAGAUACAGAAAAGUACAAGUCAUGCAUUGAAAGUGCCUUUCAGAUGACAUUGAAAGCCACUGACCACUCUGUUUCAUAAGCAAAUUCUUAGGAUCAGUUCUCUGAAAAAAAUACCAUAUCUCAUUUGCACUUUUGUUCUUGAUUGUAGUAUGAUUCAACAACACAUAUAUAUGUUAAACUAUAUGUGUGUAUGUUAUUUCUGUCAAUUUAUUUUUGAACAGUGAGAUAUAUCUGUACGUGUGUGUAGACAGAAUAUGAAUAUGAUGAAAAUAAUGGAUGGUGACGUGAUGAUCAUUUUUGUAUCA